AUGGGAGGCCAGCCAGCAGCGGCAGACUGGUCGGCGGCGAACUGGCAAACAGGUGACAACGGAAUCAACACAAGCAAACAAAAUAAAAGUAGAGAAAAAACUAGAGCGGGUCAGAGGGAGGCGGCGGACCGGUGGGCGGUGGACUGUUUGCCGCCGACCAGUCUGCCGCUUGCCGGUUGGCCGCCCAUCGACUGCAUCACUGCAGGCUACAACAAGCGCGAGCUGCCCACAAGUACUCAACGAAAUGAGGAAGUUUCAAAGGUUGUUAAUCAAAAUGCUCCCGGAAACAAUCAAAUGAUUUCUCCAACAAUUCAAAAAGAUCUUACGCAUGCUUGUGCUUCUGAGAUCACACUUUCCAUAAUCAAAGAUAUUGGAAACAAUGUUUUCUCCUUAAUGGUUGAUGAAUCUCGAGACAUUUCAGUGAAGGAGCAAAUGGGAGUUGUUUUGAGAUAUGUGAACAAAAGAGGACAGUUAGUUAUUGUUGCUGUUGCCAAGAGUAAUCUCAAUGCGAGUGAUUUUUUUAACUAUGUCACUAUGAUUGUCAAUACAACGGGAGCAUCAUGUAAAAGGAGAGAUCAACUUAGGCAAAUUGAACAUGAUAGGAUUGUUGCAAUGUUGGAGGGUGGAGACAUUAGUACGGGCAGUGGCAAAAAUCAAGAAAUUAAUUUAGUAAGGCCAGGAGACACUCGUUGGGGAUCACACUACUUGACAUUGGGUCGUCUAUUAUCUAUGUGGCCUUCAGUGAUACAAGUGUUGGAGAAUAUUUGUGAUGAUUCUAGUUCUUUUGAUACUAGAGGAGUUGCCAAAAGUUUGAUUCAGAAAAUGGAGAAUUAUGAGUUUGUUUUCAUGUUGCACUUGAUGAAGAUGAUAUUGGGAAUGACACAUGAGUUGUCACUUAUGUUACAACAAAAGGAUCAAAAUAUUGUCCAAGCCAUAAGUUUGAUUGAAAGUGUGAAAGUACCGGAGAUGAAAGACAAUUGUUUGAUUGGUGGUCGUAGUAGACGUAGAAAGCAAGUCAUCACCAAUUUGCAUUAUUAUCGUGUGGAGAUUUUCUAUCAGGUUGUUGAUUUAUUUACACAAGAGAUGAAUACUCGUUUUUCAGAAGUUAGCACAGAAUUGCUUAGUUGUAUAGCAUGCCUUCAUCCAAGGAAUUCUUUUUCUGAAUUCAAUGUUCAGAAACUCGAUCCAAAUUUUUCUGGAAUUGAAGAUUUGGGAAGUUUUGCUCAGAAAAUUGUUGAAACUCUAAAAAAUCAAGUUUAUCCAUUGGUUUAUCGUCUGAUUGAGAUGACAUUAGUUUUACCAGUUGCGACCGCUUCUGUUGGAAGAGUAUUUUCUGCAAUGAAGAUGAUAAAGAUUGAUUUACGUAACAGAAUGGGAGACGAGUGGAUGAAAGACAGUCUAGUCGUAUACAUCGAGAAAGAUAUCUUUUCAACAAUUGAAAAUGAGCAAAUAUUGCAGCGUUUUCAAAAGAUGAAAAGUCGCAGGAUGCAGUUGCCUCCUCUUUCUUAUCCAAUGACCACCUAA